AUGGCCUUUGCCGCGCCGGCAGGUACAGUACUACUUUCUCCAGAUUCUCAGUGGGCUUGGAACCCGGGACAUACAGGUGUGUACCAGAACGUGGAGCGGGCUUCUGUUCGUUUGGCGGCACGUGCUACUGUAGAACAUGAGCAGGCUGCCUCGCAGCCUAGAGUAGCGCCUCCAACGCAGUGGGUCAUGCCUUAUGCACCCGGUGCCUGGGUCGCUAUUCCUAUCCCACAUCCGAUGCAUGCCAUGAUGCCCGCAAGUCCUUCUGUGCAUCAGCCGCAGCCCCCAGCAGAGAAACGGCCCUCUGCAGACGAGGAGGAGCAAGAGCAGCGGCCGAGUAAGGCUAAGAGGAGUAGAGCCAAGUCAACAGCUACAGGUGCAGUAACUGCGGGCUCGUCGAAGAGGGGUUUUAACAAGAAAAGGCGUGCUGAGGCUGCUAAAAUCCAAGCGCACAACGCCCAGUUCAACAGGGCGACUCCAGCAGUGUACGUCACAAGCGAUCAAGGGAGAAACAAAGUUAGCAACGGUGAUGGCAGCAUGACCAUUGUGUGCGACAACGGUGUACAACUGCCCGAAGCAACAAGCGCUCUACGUCCGGAAUUGCAGUUCGCAAGGUGUAUGUCAAACCGAUACAAGGCCGAUUCGUUCCCCCGCUGUGUGUCUUGCACGCGCCGGUGGGCUGGAGACCAGUGUCGCUUCCAGGGUAUCCGCUUUUUCCUCAAAGACGAUCAGGGCAAGAUCGUUGGCAUCAGUUUUGUGGAAAGUCAGAAACCUGACUCGCCUACGAUGAAGUUUCCGGAGCGGUGGAAUAUCGAGUUGGCUGCGCCAUAUAUAGAUCGGAUAAAGAGAACCGUGGCCAGAGCUCUGCUACCGACCCUGCGAGAAGAGCAACAACAUUUGUCAGCGCCGGGCGUUAUACGUCGACCGAGAGAAAGUGAUGUCCGAGCUACUUGCGACACAUGCAAUACCUCAAUAUUCUCCAGCAGUUGGAUGUGCCGGAUGUGCGGUCGCGAGGCCUGUGGGGAAUGCUACGAACAAGUCAGGCAGCUGACAGAAGUUCGGUCGGAAGCAACGGAGGCCGAAGUAGCGGCCAUGCAAGCCAAGCGGGAGAGGCACGCCCACUCCAAUCCUUUCUUCUUGGCCUGCAAUAAGCGGACUGAGCAUACGCAUGGUCACUUCUCCCCGAUGUCGCGGUUUUGCAAGGCUGAGCUCGACGAGGCUAUCAAGGAGAUGGAAGACUUGCUGCGAGAGUCACAGGACGAUCAAGACAAGGAGAUCGCUGAUCCUUCAUUGGACAAGGCUGCUGCAGCCUCAGAAGCAUCUACUUUGUCUUCGGAACAGGAUCACAGUGCGCCAUCGUCACCAGAAGCCAAGAGCUCACCCCGCGGUGUGGCGGAUGAGUCACCCUUAACAUCCCCUCAGAGCGAUUCUCACUCUCCCGUGAUCGGCCGUCCUCCGGUAACGUUGACCGAGGAAGUUCCAACGCAUCACAUCGAGCGCUUCUCAGAUGAGACGUUCACUGAUGACGCCUUUCGACCGUUAUGGGCAAAGGGUGAACCUCUCGUUGUCACUGGUCUUUUGCCCAAGUUCCAGAUCCGUUGGACCCCCGAGUAUUUUAUGGAGAAGUACGGAUCACAAGCCUGCCUUAUUGUAGAGUGUCAAACAGAUCAGAACAAGCGCGUGACUGUUCGAGACUUCUUCAAGGAUUUCGGAGUGUACGAAGGUCGGAAAGAGUGUUGGAAGUUGAAGGACUGGCCAUCGUCUACAGAGUUCAGCACAGCUUUCCCGGAGUUGUUUGAAGACUUCAGUCGCGCCGUUCCCGUACCAAACUAUGUCAGGCGAGACGGCGUUCUGAACCUUGCGUCCCAUUUUCCAUCAAACACUGUUGCUCCUGACAUUGGACCUAAAAUGUACAACGCAAUGGCGUCCUCUGAUCAGCCCGGGAGCAAAGGUUCAACUCGUCUCCACAUGGACAUGGCGGACGCUUUGAACAUCAUGACGCACGCUGCUCCCUGUCCGGACGGCUCUCCUGGAUGCGCAGUAUGGGACCUCUUCAGAGCUCAAGAUGCGGACCAUCUGCGAAAGUUCCUCAAGAAGAAAUUCAGAGGCACUUUCCAGAACGAUCCGAUCCAUAGCCAAACGGUAUACCUCGACCGGCAGUCGAGGCAAGAGUUGUACGAACAGUUCGGCGUCAAGAGUUACAGGGUGUACCAGAAGCCUGGAGAGGCCGUUUUCAUACCUGCCGGAUGUGCACACCAGGUUUGCAACCUUGCCGACUGCAUCAAAGUAGCCAUCGACUUUGUCAGCCCCGAGAAUGUGGACCGGUGCGAGACGCUCACGAGGGAAUUCCGACAGCAAAACCAGGCGCAACAAUGGAAGGAAGAUGUCCUGCAAUUGAAGACCAUGAUGUGGUUUGCCUGGUUAUCUUGCUGUCGACAAGAGAAGCAGGCGGCUGAAGAUGCUUGACUAGAUAUCUCGACGCACGGAUUGAUGUUGCGAGUUUUGAGCGCACUUGUUUUCCUGCUAGCAUUGAUUCUUUCAUUUUUUCGCGGAGGUAAUCCUGUUUCAAAUGUAACAUUCUCGGGUUUCAGUACGCGUCUUUUCCCGCUUCUUCUUUGCUUGCCCUCUAUGCUCGUGAAGCUCAUACAUUCACACCGAGCCUCCCCACUACCAUCGGUUGUACUAUAUCACUGUUUUGUUGGCGUCGCAGAAGAACACUAAUGUUGAAGUUAUACAUUGCAAUAUUAAUUGCAUCCUGAUGUUUGCGUUCACUUGGUUCGAUACCGG